GCACUUGCUUAAGAGUGAAGUCUCAAACAUCUUCAACAGAAGUCCUCAUUUUGUGGGAUCUUGACUGACUCUUUUUGGAGGAGCGGCAGAUUUACCUGCAGCCACCAUGAAAAUUGCAGCCUUUAACAUUCAGAAGUUUGGACGCAGCAAAGUUUCGGACCCGGAGAUUCUGAAGAUCCUUGUUAAGAUUAUUUCCCGUUAUGACAUCAUCGUGAUCCUCGAGGUGGUGGACGUUACCGGGAAAUCAGUGGAAACUCUGAUGAAAGAACUCAACAAAUCCAACCAGAAACAUCACUACACUCUGAAAAUCAGCACUCGCCUAGGCCGGACGCACUACAAGGAGCAGUUCAUGUUCCUGUACAGGGAUGACCUGGUUGACCUGGAGGACUCCUACCAGUUCGAUGAUGAGAAGACUGAAGGACGGGAUGUCUUCGACAGGGAUCCAUAUAUCCUUCGAUUCAAGUGCCUGAACACAGUUCUGAAAGAUCUGGUGAUGAUCCCAGUUCACACCAAACCAGAAGGCUCGGAGAAGGAGCUGGAUGAACUCUAUGACCUCUUUGUUCACGUCAGGGAUAAGUGGAGGACAGACAACGUGAUGAUCUUGGGCGACUUCAAUGCCGACGGAGCGUACGUUUCCAAGAAGGAAAUGAAGACCAUCCGAAUCCGCAGCGACAAGAACUUUCACUGGCUUAUCGGAGAUGAUGUGGACACCACUGCAAGCACAGAAAACACCCACACAUACGACAGGAUUGUCGUCUACGGAGACGACAUGCUUCAGGCUGUUGUUCCAAACUCUGCUAAAACCUUCAACUUCCAGAAGGCCUACAAGCUCUCCGACGAGAAGGCUCUGAAAGUGAGCGACCAUUAUCCAGUGGAGGUGGAGCUGAAGUAGAUGAUGGAGACAACAACAACAACAACAACAAUGAUAAUAAAGGAGUCUUUAUUUGGAAUAUAUUCAAAGGAGCUUAAAAAUAAGGAUUUUAAACCUUCUCAUUAAGAUAUUUAAUAAUUGUACAUCUUCUGUUGGGGUUCCUGUGGUUUAAGUCUAAUCUAAUUAGACUAACCCUAACCCUAACCAAGGCUCUGAAAUUGGUUGUACUUGUCCUGUUUUUUUAUUGUUAUAUACACCAUAUUGGCCAGUCACAACGGACCCAUCAGAGCGAGUAAUGUAAAACUGGUGAGUAGUAGGAGAAUGUAGCAGAGUGAGGGUAAAGGGUCCUUAUGUUGGUGGUUAAACACCACAAACUCAACACUGAAGUUUUGAGUUAAAGAAGCUCUAACAAGCGUCAGGUGAAGCUCGAUGCAUUCUUGAUUAACCCCAAACGAGCUAGAGAGAUCAUCAUAGCUAGUCAGGUGUAAAGAGGUGCUUAUAAAUAAUUACCUGUACCACGCAUUCUUGAAGCCCUAAUAAACCUUUAACCGUAUCAGUUGAGAAACUGGAGAACAACAUGUGCAGCUUACACAUAAUGAUAUUUUUUAUCUUUAUUAUUUACAUACUUUUAGAAAGUUUUACAUGGUGGGGGUUAAUUGUUAUUAAAACUGAAACCACAUGACCGAUUCAGUUCAAAUUUCCAAAUGCCGGGCACAAACCAGAAACACAUGAGCAAACCAGACAGAGGUCAGCACCACACUUUGUUUUGUUAGAUGACAUUCAUUUUUUAUGACUGCAGGGAUUUAAAAAUGCCUUUAAGUUUGUAUUUCAACACACGACUGAAUCCAGAUGUUUUAUUUUUGCUUCUCAAAGGGUGAAAUAUAUCAACUGUGUUUUUGUUUCUGACAGGAUUGAUGAGCUAAUGUUUUAGUAUUGCAAUAAUUAUUAACGAUUCUUUUAAAAAAAAAUGUGUGUAAUUCUUUUACCUCAGGAUUUUUGUUUGGCUGCUCUGGUUGUCAUGUCACCAAUAUGUUUUGUACAGAAAUUGCUUUAACCAUAUUUUAUGAAUAAAUUGAUUUGCAAUAAACACUGACAACAGCA